GAGCAUAAUUUGAAUUUUAAAGUUCUUAUUUCAUUGUUUUGCUAUAUGAUUUUAUGAGCUAAAUAUGUUAAUCAAUCUUUUUAUUCUUGUUUGUAGAGAUGCAAAAUGUUAUUCUCAUCGAGCUUGCAGAAAUAAAAGUUCUUUUAAAAGAAGUUAUAGAAAUUAAGUUUCAGGCUACUGGGGUGAAGUUGCUAGAAUCAGUGGACGAAGUGGUUACACUGGAUAAUAAACUAAAAGAUAAAACCGAGUAUACUAAUUUGCUUGAUAGUUUGAAAAAGAUUGGUGGUGGAAAGCCAAGAGAACAUGUUUUUUUGAUCAUGAAAAGGUUAUUUUCGAAUCAGUUACAGUCCAAAUUUAAUCGAAAAGGAAAUGGGGAAAAGAUAAGCUUAGAAAAUCUAGUAAAUAUAUGGAGUGUUUUACGAGAUAUCGGCGACGUGGAAGAAAAUGUUGACGGCAAUGCAGAAAUAUAGUUUCUUAUGUAUAUAUUGUGAAAUAAAAAUUAAGUAAUGUUAGUUAAAA